AUGAAACUCAUUCAUGUUUUAGGGGAAGAAGUGUAUAGAGAUCUAAUGAAGUGGGAAGAUGAAUAUGAGAACUGCGGUAUUGCUUAUGAAUAUACUCGUGAUGGAAGUCCAUAUGGCCUUCUUGCUAAAGCCGUAGAUAAAAGUGAUGUUGUCAUUGCUGAAAAAGUCGUGUACGGUAAAUACCCCAUUCGCCCUUGGCUAGAAGCAUUUGGAGCACAGCUUGAUGAUUGGGCAAAUCAGUUAAAAGAACAAGGUAUUACACCAGAUCAAUAUAAUGUUGGAUAUACCUCGUGUCCAAGGGAAUCUCUUUUUGAAUAA